UUUUACUGCGGACGGUAGUGUCGAGUCAGUGCUGAUCGUAAACCCGUUCGUCGUUGUUACUUGUGUGAUUGUUCCGUACAACAUUAACAAAAUUAUUUUGGGAUCUUUCAACUUUACAUCAACUCACCCAGUUGAUGUACUGAAGCAACGUAUGAUGGUUGCGGAAUUAGUUGGCCGUGGGCAAAGUGGGUCUCCAGUAAAUGGUGAGCUACCACACCUGAACUCCAGUAUGCCAGCAAGUCAUAGUCGCGAGGCGAUGCUGUCCAACAACUCAUCCCCGAAUCCAGACAGCUACCAGCAGGGCUACGGGAUGAGUCCCCACUCCAAACAGAAGGAUAUGUUACCACAGAGGAAGCAGCGUGAAUUCACGCCGGACAACAAAAAAGAUGAGAGCUAUUGGGAUAGACGCCGCCGGAACAAUGAAGCGGCCAAGCGUUCACGGGAGAAGCGUCGCUUCAAUGAUAUGGUGCUGGAACAGAGGGUGGUCGAGUUGACCAGAGAGAACACAAUGUUAAAGGCGCAGCUGGAAACCAUCAAGGAGGAGUACGGGAUCUGCGGCGAGAACCUGGUGUGCGUGGAGAAGGUCCUUGCUACGAUCCCAUCAAAUGAUCUCAGCAUGCCAGCGAAACGCCAAAAACUAACCAACCAACUGUUCAGUUCUCCAAGUCCUAUUCCCACAUCUGUGAUCCAUCAACCCGUUAUGGGAUCCCCAUCCCCACAACCGAUCAUGCAUCCACACCCGCAGAGCAACCUUCAUCCUCCCGCAUCUCACCACGAGAUCCCGUACCGAGAGCACGCGGAUUUCCAUCCGUACAACUUCCAGCCCUACACUAAUGCCAUGCUCUACGACAAUGGCAGCAACAGCGUGUUGAACCUCUCCAGAUCCAGAAGCGGCAGGCAGUCACCGUACGAGAUCUCCAGCAACUCUGGUGACGAGGCCGUCCCUUUGGCCCUUACCAUUUCGGAGCCAAACAACAGUUUGCCACUGAAGCUGCGCCACAAGAUGCACAUCGGCGAUAAAGACGCCGCCAACACACUUCUUUCUCUGCAGAACAUCAAGCAAGAACCGGAGCCGCGGUCCAGUCCACCAUGGGACGAUCAGGGAUCCAGCGAUGAGCGCGAUUCCGGCAUCUCCAUGGGGAACGACUGGACCAACGCCAGUGCCGCCGCUGCGACCCUGCAGAAUCUCCAGAAGCAAGUGCAGAACCCAGAGGAAGAGAAGCAAGCUACCCUCCACUGUGAACUCGUCCGCCUCACGAAGGAGGUGGCCUACCUAAGGUCCAUCAUACCACCACAUUAGUGAUGGAUACCAUCCCACAUAUUACAUAUUAUAAAAUAAGAAUAAAAAAUAUGUGUUUUAGUGCAGUUGGAACAGUGCUGUUUGUGAUUUCGCGCCUACAAUAUAUAUUUUAUCUCAGAUAUAAUAGACAUAUCAUUAUUCCGCUCUUUGUACCGAUUGUAGUCAUAAUCUAAACAGAGGAGCUAUUUAUUAUCUAGAUUUUAAGUAUUUAUUUCGUGUUGAGUUGAUCUUUUCUAUAUAUUUGGACGAUGAGG